ACUAAUAUAUACGCUGGUAUUCUCGUCAGUCUUUCAGCGUAUUCAAUAUGGACAACAACAAAGUUGAAAUAUGUGUGCACGAAGGAAAAUUAAUUGGUGCUCUGGAGAAAAGUUUUUACGGCGACUACUAUAACGCUUUCCGAGGAAUACCAUAUGCGAAACCGCCAAUUGGGGAACUUAGAUUUAAGGAUCCGGUACCAGCGGAACCAUGGACCGGUGAGAGAGACGCCUCGAAGCACGGAAAUGUCGCCGUUCAACUGAAUGAAUUCACACGCGAAAUUGAGGGCGAUGAAGAUUGUCUCUACUUAAAUGUGUACACCACGAAAGUCGAGCCUUCAAAGAAACGUGCAGUGAUGGUAUGGAUACACGGUGGUGCCUUUUAUGUGGGUUCUGGCGAUGAUUUCUUCUAUGGCCCCGAUUACAUCGUACCCAAAGAUGUAGUUUUGGUUACCUUGAAUUAUAGACUAGGCGUUCUAGGUUUCUUAAACCUUAACGACAAAGUGGCAACGGGUAAUCAAGGUGUGAAGGAUGUAAUCUUGGCGUUACGAUGGGUCCAGAAAAAUAUAUCAAAGUUCGGUGGAAACCCGGAAAAUGUAACUAUCUUUGGCGAAAGUGCUGGUGGAGCUAUCGUACAUUGUUUAACUGUGUCUCCGUUAGCUAAAGGUUUAUUUCAUAAAGCGAUAGCGCAAAGCGGCGUCAUAAGGUGUCCUUGGGCUUUUACCGAACGACAACCACAUUCGAAAAACAAAGGUUUUCAGCUUGCCGGGAAACUUGGAAAAGCGACCGCAGAUCCGAAAGUCGCUUACGAGUUUCUCAAAACAAUCGAUGCAAAGAAGCUUAUAGAAACUGAACGAAAAUAUCUUUUGACGGAAACAGAACUUCAAAAUUUUCAUUUGAUAUUUUCACCUUCCGUGGAUCACGAGUCAUCCAAUCCAUGUUUCCCGGGAGAUCCAGAGACGCUUAUGUGCAACGGGGUUAAAGUACCAUUUCUUUUAGGUUUUACCAGUAACGAGGGAUCUUUUAUUAUAAGCAGUAACAUAACCAGACAUUUCAACAAAGAAGAUUUUAAACGAAUUGAUUCCAAUUUUAAGGAAUCCAUGUUGCCCGGAUUUUUAUCUGCAUUGUCAAAAAUAUCAGUCACAGCCGAGGAAUUGCAGUCUUUAUAUUUUGGUGACAAAGCAAUAUCAGAGGAAACGUUUACGAAUUACUGUGAUUUUCUAAGCGAUGAAUUCUUCUGUCGUGGUAUAAUGGAAGUAGUGGAUAUUCAGGCAAAACUGAAAAAUAAUGAAGCAACGUAUCUGUAUAAAUUUUCAUACGAGAGUGAUGCUUCUCCCAUGAGAAAAAUAUUUAAAAUUCAGGCUCCAGGUGUGUCUCAUGGAGAGGAACUGGCGUUCUUGUUUUAUCCUUAUAUGAUAAAAAAUCUUGGCAUGUCACCACCUGCAGUUGAUUCGGAAGACUACAAGAUGAUAAAGUGUUUAACGAAAAUGUGGACAGAUUUUGCUAAAACAGGAAAUCCAACGCCUGUUACAAAAACGUGGUUGCCGACGACUGGUUCACAAAGCGGAAAAUACAAUUAUCUGAAUAUCGAUACAAACUCGCAAAUAAAAGUCUUCCGUAAAGGAGAAGAAAGAUGGAAUUGGGAAGAGAAAAAAAAUAAGUUGCGACGUUAAAAUCACGAGAUACGGUAGUGUCUCGCAUCAAGUAUAAGCGUAGCUAGAACUGCGUGCACGAGACCGACCGUGUAGUUUAUG